AUGUCUGCGCAUGCGCGAACCUCAAGCCAGGGCGGGGCGGGGCCUGCUGUCCGUGCGCCUGCGCAUCAGUCCCGCCCGGCCGCGCUCCCGGAAGUGCGGCGGGUCGGGCAGAAGGCUGUCACGGGAGCGGUCAGCGUGGGUCCAGCGUCGGUCGCUCGCAGCCCUUCGCUGCACGUGGCUCGGCACGUGGCCGAGCGCCUGGCCCCGGGCGCCCUGGAGCCACAGGCCUCGGUCGCCGAGGCGGUGUCAUCCCUGACCAUCGCCGAUGCGUUCAUCGCUGCGGGCGAGAGCCCCGCCCCGCCCCCGUCGCCCCCAGCACUCCCUAGGCGGUUCAUCUGCUCCUUCCCCGACUGCAGCGCCAAUUACAACAAGGCCUGGAAGCUGGACGCACACCUCUGCAAGCACACGGGGGAGAGACCGUUUGUUUGUGACCAUGAGGGGUGUGGCAAAACCUUUGCCAGGGAGUACCAUCUGAGCCGCCACGUCCUCAUCCACACUGGAGAGAAGCCCUUUGUUUGUGCAGCUAAUGGCUGUGAUCAAAGAUUCAACACAAAAUCAAACUUAAAGAAACAUUUUGAACGCAAACAUGAAAAUCAGAAAAAACAGUAUGUAUGCAGUUUUGAAGGUUGUACAGAGACCUUUAAGAAACAUCAGCAGCUGAAAAUCCAUCAGUGCCAGCAUACCAAUGAGCCACUAUUCAAGUGUACCCGUGAAGGAUGUGGGAAGCACUUCGCCUCUCCCGGCGGGCUGAAGCGGCACGGGAAGGUCCACGAGGGCUAUGUGUGUCAGAAAGAAUGUUCCUUUGUGGCAAAAACAUGGACAGAGCUUCUGAAACAUGUGAGAGAAACCCAUAAAGAGGAAAUAAUUUGUGAGGUAUGCCGGAAAACAUUUAAACGCAAAGAUUACCUAAAGCAACACAUGAAAAGUCAUGCCCCAGAAAGGGAUGUGUGUCGCUGCCCGCGGGAGGGCUGCGGUAGAGCCUACACCAGCGUGUUCAACCUCCAGAGCCACAUUCUCUCCUUCCACGAGGAGCGGCGCCCGUUCACGUGUGAGCACGCUGGCUGCGGCAAGGCGUUCGCGAUGAAACAAAGUCUCACUAGGCAUGCUGUUGUUCAUGAUCCUGACAAGAAGAAAAUGAAGCUCAAAGUAAAACCAUCUCGUGAAAAACGGAGUUUGGCCUCCCGUCUCAGUGGAUAUAUCCCUCCUAAAAGGAAACAAGAACAAGGCUUAUCGUUGCCUAAAAAUGGAGAGUCACUGAACUGUACUGAAGACAAGGUGCUCUCGACAGUUGCAAUACUUACCCUCAGCUAAUGUCAGAUGGCUUUUUUUAAAGGACUACAGACUGGCCACCUCAGUUAUUGUCUCUAUGAAGCACAUUUUUAUUAAAGUCACUAAUGCAGAACAUCUGA